AUGACUGCUGCAGCCAUAGCAUCCACGGACAUCGGGCUUCUGCUGCAAGAUGAUGUCUUUGCUGACUUCUUCAACACCUUUCUGAACCUUCCUGUUUUUGGCCAGACACCCCUUUACAUCAGCGGCACGGGCCGGUGGUACCUGUGGCCAGAGCUGCCGAGCCACCUGGAUCCCAGCCCCGCCGCUUUGCUGGCUUGGUUGGAAAAGCACCGGCUGCCUCACUUCUGCAAAUCCAGCCUGUGCCUCCACCUCGUCCUCUGCCAGAAGCUGCUGGCUUUCAUUCGCUCGGGGGAAGCAGCAGAGCUCCUGAACUGGCAGAGAGCUGACCAGUGGCUGCUGGAGAGGUGCCUCAGUGGGAGCCACGGCAUGCAGCACUUCCGCGCCUUCCUCCAAGGAACAGCAGGGGAAGAGCUGAUCGACUUCUGGCUCAUCACUGAAAGGCUCCUGGCUCUGGAUGAGUCGGAUGGGAGUCAGAGGGACUUGUUCUUGUCCCUGGUCCACAGGCUGAGAGCCACCCACCUGCGUGAAGGCUCCAGCGUCGACACCCUCUGCACCACCAUCGCUGGAUCUCUGCCGAAAGCCAGGCACAUCCAGUCUGUCAGCACCAGGAGGGACAUCCUGAGCAAGAUGCAGGAGCAGGCCCUUUUUAUCAUUCAGAGUUACUGGCUCCCCAAAUUCUUGGUGCACUGCAAGAUGGGAAUGGAGGAAGAGGAAUCGUGCCAGCCUUUGCUCCAGGAAUAUCAGGAACGUUUGUCAAGGGAGCCCCCAGGCCUCUCAGAGCCCCUCCCCACCAUGCACAUCAAAAGGAGCCAGGGCAUGUCAGGGCCCUACUGCAGCCAGAAGGCCAAAGCAGAGAUCUGGGCUCUGGUAAACGAGGGCAGAGACACCCAAGAGAUGAAAAUGGCCAUUUUUCAGGUGAAACCAGAGAAGCAGCCAGGGCCAGCUGGGAGCAUGGAGGAAUUGUGUCUGGAUAAGGAUGCUUUGGGAUUGAUUCCCCUGCAGUCAGAACAGCUGGCAAAUACUGCCUUUGGAGGCAGAGGAGGAGUAACAUUUCCUGGAAGACCUCAGUCCAGUGCAGAGCAGGAUCUAGAAAACCUCUCUACGGAGAAAAUAAUCUCUGACCUGCUUCCCUCUGCAUCCCUUUCCUGGCUGCCAUCCCUGAAAAAGCCAGUCAAGACCUUGGAUUUCCUUCCCUGGGCCCUGCGUGCCGACGCCUGUGCGGGACGACCCUUCAGGGACUUCCUGCAGCUCCAGAACCGACCCGUGGAGACUCGUCUCCUGGACCUGUGGCACGACCUGGAGGAGUUUCUGCCCGUGGUGCUGGACUCCAACAGAGAAAACAGCUUCUUCCUGCGCCAUUUGAUUGGGGAAAAGAUCUGCAAGACCUACCUGGAGGAGGGCAGCUUUGAGAAGCUCCCCUUGGAGCCCAGGACUCUCGUGAGUUUGUGGAAGCAGCUGAUAUGUGGAGAAUUCUCCCCUUGGAUAUUCAGAGCCCAGAAGGAGAUUUGCAAGGUGCUCUGCAGCCUCUAUGAGGAAUUUCUGGCUGAUGAUGACAGGACAUUCCUCCAGUUCAUGGCUCCAGGGAUGGAUGUCCCCACGCCCGAGGUGCUGGGCCGUGCUGCUGGCAGAGGGGAGUAUUUCCACCUGGCCCAGAGGAUGAACCAGUCCCUGAAGCUGAGCCAGGCCUUGCACGGCACCAGGAGCUUGGAGGGGGUCUCCUCCAAGCUCUGGCAAUUGCUUGCUGCUCGGGACCUCCAGAAAGGAGGUUCCAUCCAGGCAGAGAUGGAGCUGCUCCUGGGCAGUGCUGAGUGCCAGAGGAUGAUGGCAGAUGAGCUGGCUGUGGGUAGCCCAAGCAGGGAAGAGGAGCUCCUGCAGCUCAUGAGUGUGGCACUCGCUGUUGCAUCCGAGAGGAUUGCUAGAGAGAAUGCUAAUGCUGCUGCUGCUGCUGCAAGGAAGAAGACAUCUAGAAAACGCAGGAUGGAUGAGGAGGAGGAUCAGGAGGACCAGCAGAAGGAGGAUUUGUUGCCCUGGACCAAAAAGCCCAAAUCCAGGCGUCGUCAGCAUGUGCAGGAAGGGGGAGAGGGCCCCAAGACACAGAGGAUGGAAUGGGCCUGGGAUGCCAUCAGGGAGCUUGUCAGGAGCUUCUGCAAGUUCCGGAGGGAGAUGAGAAAUCUCAAACGCCGUGCAGAAUUUGAGAGUUUUCUCCGACAGGAGCGAAGAAAUGAGAGGGAAAACCUGCCCAUCAAGGAGAAGAAGAAGAAAAGUCCUGGGAAGAGCUCCCGCUCCCAGAAGGACAAAGGCCAGGAGGAAAAGGCGCCGCUGAUAAAACGCCACAUUUUGGACAAACAGCUCAUCAUCGUCAACUUCCUCGUUGACGACCUCCGCUUUUACCUGGAGAUGGACAUGUUUUCCAGGUUGGCUGACUGCAAGGAAUCUGUGCCUUCUGAUGUGUGGUCAGAAAAGCAUAUUGCCUUUCUCAAGAAGAAAUUUGACAUGAUCAGCAAACUUUUCCUGGACUCUGAUAUUCCCCCCAAGCUGCGGGUGAACAUCUCUGAGAAGGAGAGGGAUUUGAUCUGUCGUUUAUCCUCCAAGAAGCCACUGACCCGGGCCGUCUACCACAACGCCAAGGUCGCCCUCUUCCCCAUCCUGAUGUACUUCUGGAGAAGGUUCUGCACCUGGAAGGUGAUGACCAGCUACCAGAAGAGGAGUUACCAGGGGAGCAUCUACCAGGAGAACAUCUACCAGGAGAGCAGGCACCAGGAGAGUAGCUACCAGGAGAGCAGCUACCAGGAGAGCAGCCACCAGGAGACCCAUGGGAAGGACAGGAGCGUUGGACUUGUCAAGGGGGACAAGAGAUCCCAGGUCCAAAAGGAGGAGAGGAGCUCUCCAGAGCCCAAACAGCGCAAGGGCCACAAGGAGAGAAACAUUCCAGGCUCUCCACCUCCUGCAAAAAAACCCUCCAAAGCACCCAAGACCCUGGAUCCCAAGAAGAUGGUGAUUGCUCACUCUGCUACACGUUAUGCUCCAGGAAAAAGGCCUGUCCUCACCUUCACACUCUCAGAAGGCAUCGAGGUCCUGGAGCCACGGCUGCGGAAGAAAUCUGAGCCUUCAAAGGAGCAGAAAGAUCCAGAUCCCAGCCAGGAGAAGCUCAGCCAGCCUGCCCCUCAGGAUGGACAGGUGGUCCCAGAGGUGCUCAGCUCCUCCAAACCCCACAGAACAGGCUGGGGAGCCCCUAAAAUCCCAGGGGUUUGUGCAGGGUGCUGCUCAGCCCCACCAGCUCCAGUAACAGUCACAGAAAACUCCAGCUGCUGCACAUCUCCAUGCCCAGAACUUCUCCUGGCAGCAUCCCUGAUCCCUCUCCAUGCCCAGAACUCCUCCCUGGGAGCAUCCCUGAUCCCUCUCCAUGCCCAGAACUCCUCCCUGGGAGUAUCCCUGAUCCCUCUCCAUACCCAGAACUCCUCCUGGCAGCAACUCUGAUCCCUCUGCAUGCCCAGAACUCCUCCCUGGGAGUAUCCCUGAUCUCUCUCCAUGUCCAGAACUCUUCCCUGGGUACAUCCCUGAUCCCUCUCCGUGCUCAGAAUUCCUCCUUGGAGUGAGCACAGCCAUGUGCUCACACUGCUCACCCUCUCCAUGCCCAGAAUUCUUCCCUAGGAGCAUCCCUGAUCCCUCUCCAUGCCCAGAACUCCCUGGGAGCAUCCCUGAUCCCUCUGCAUGCCCAGAACUCCUCCCUGGGAACAUCCCUGAUCCCUCUGCAUGCCCAGAACUCCUCCCUGGGAGCACACAUCCCUGUGCAGCUCCCUGAUCCCCCUCACCCUGCCUUCAGCAGCCACUGAUGAAGCAUCUCUCCCUUCCUGCAGGAACUAAAGGAAGCUCAGCCCUCCCUGGAGUAGCUCUCCCAAAACUCCACCCACACAGGUGUGAUCCAAGGAAGCUGAGCAGCCCGGACAC